AUGCAACUGAAACUUCUGCAACUGAGCUUUGUGCUGCUGUUUGCUAAAUCUCUCGGAGCUUUCCACUAUCGUAAACUCACUUCGGACGAAAAACUACGAAACCAGUCUCAAAACGAAGUGGAAGUCAGCCCAUUUAUAGUUGAUAUAAUAAAUGGCACUGCUGUUCCCGAUACCAAAUACCCAUUUCUCGUAUUCUUGGAGAUGUUUGGUUCAAUGUUUUGUGGGGGCUCGAUUUUCAAUGAGUGGACAAUCAUAACAGCCGCGCAUUGUAUUUCAAGUUCGCCUGAUCUCAACAAACUCACUAAUGUAGUUGCCGGCGUUGUCGAUAGGAGAAACUUCAGCGUUUCAAGACAGGAACGCCGCGUAAAAAUGGCAAUUAUUCACCCGGAUUACGACAGAAAAACAGAUUCCAACGACAUAGCUGUUCUCUUUUUGGAAGAAGGAUUAAAGUUUAAUGAAAAUGUAGAUCGAGUGUGUUUGCCCUGGACUGGAUUUGAAGCAAGACAUCCAAUUGUAGCUGGCUGGGGAAAAACUGAAAAUGGCAGCUCAAGCGAAGUACUGCUGGAAGCGAGUGUUCCGAUCUUCCCCCAUGACCAGUGCGUAAACAAUUACGCAAAGCACAAUGUAAUAAUAACUGAUCAAAUGAUGUGCGCGGGAUUCGAAGAAGGCGGAAUUGACACUUGCGAAGGAGACAGUGGCGGACCUUUGUUUUCUGCCAUGUACGGUAAUGACGAUUCCACUAAUACCACAGACUGUAACUUUGUUCUGGUAGGAAUAACUUCAUUUGGAAUUGGUUGCGCGGUGCCUGGUUAUCCAGGAAUCUACACAAAAGUCAUCGAAUAUGUCGAUUGGAUCCAGAACAAUACCUAUCAACCGUGGAAUAUUGGCGCAAGUUUUUAA